ACUAAUUUUAAAAUCAACGUUUCCGAGGCACCUUGAACGCGACAUGCACGAGGAGGAGAAACCUAUGGGAGAAACCGAAACUCUUCAGGGAUUUAAAUUCAUGCUGACAGCUGAGAGAGGUCCCUCCCUGCAGCUCAACAAACAUGUUAAACAGCACGUACUGACCCGAGGAAGACUCAAAGUUUAAAACGUUCAAGCCAAUCAAUUCCUCUUUUAGCCACCAGCGGUGUGAACCACAGAUGUGUGAACGGCCUCAGCAAGACUUCCGUAAAGUUAGCAAGAUGAGCAAGAGGAGAGAACAAAUGUGGCCAUUGUUUGAGAAGACACCAGCUAAGUACCAUGGACUGGUCAACCAUGGACAGACCUGUUACCUGAACAGCAUCCUGCAGGUUCUGUUCAUGACCAAAGAGUUCAGAGAUGCUGUGAUCAGCUUUGUGCAGAAGAAUCCUGACACUAAUUUUAUCGAUCGUCAUCUAAACGAUUUGUUUGACGACUUACUGAAACACCAGACACACACAAACACAAUCAUGGAGACACUGGGCAUUUACAGAGUCUAUGAACAGCAGGAUGCUGCAGAGUACUUUGAGAGGAUUUUAAGGUUAACCUGUCCCGACACAGCAGAGAUCUUCCAUGGUCAGAUGACACACAGAACCACCUGUUCUGAAUGUGGGACAAAGAAUGACACAGAUGGACCUUUCUGGUAUCUUCCUCUUGAGCUGGUAGAUUCCUCCAGUGGGAACUACAGCGUGGAAGACGGCAUUCAAACAUAUUUCAGCCCCACGUUAUUUACUGGAGACAACCAGAUGUACUGUGACACCUGUGAUACCAAAGGUGAUGCUUCUAGUAGAUAUGUUAUAAAGGAUCAUCCAGAUGUUCUGAUUCUGCUGCUGAAGAGGUUUGACUUCAGCUAUAAAGACAUGUCAUAUGUUAAAAUCAACCGUGCUGUUGAUGUUCCCUACACCCUGACAUUACCAGAGAAACAGGUCUAUGAACUUUAUGCAUUUGUGGAUCAUUGUGGUGAUCUGAGAAGUGGACACUACAACGCUACAAUCAAACCUCAGGAUGAAGAAGAGACGUGGUACAGCUUUGACGACACCAGAGUCUCACGGCUUGACACAAGUCCAUUCCCAGACAGCGUGACUCUUACAAGAUCCGCUAGAGCCUAUCUUCUGUUUUACAGAAGGAAAGUAACUCAAGAAGUGUGCAACACAGAUCAGAUCCCAGUCACUGAUUUGAACAAGAAGAGAAACAUAAAACCAGCAAAGAGACCAGCAGAGGGUGAGGAGUCUGGACCGGUAGAAAAAAGGGGAAUAAUAAAGUCUGAAACUGACUUUUCUUCACCAAACAUAAACGCAAAGGAUCAAAACACUGGUGAACAGAUGGAAAGCAGAAAUCUGUCCUCUAGUGGACAUCAGACCAAAGUGAAAUGUGAUGAAACGUCAACCCAAGCUGAGGCUGAUCCGACAACACUAAAAGAGAAACAAAAUGAGACAGAAGACACGGAUGGUCAAGGAGACAACAGAAGUCUGUCAUCUAAUGAAGAGAUGAGACCAGAUUUUAUUCAAGGUUUAAUUCCUAGAAACGGAGAUUGGUUACUUAUACCUGCUGGACACGAAAGACAAGACCAGACCAGUGAUGUUCAGGGUGAAUCCACAGAUAAAAAGACAGAAAACAAAACACAGAAAAGUACCCUAAAGGGUGAUGAUCAGGUAGAAAACACACAUCCUCUCUCUACUAAAGAUCAGAGUAACAUCAAGGAUACUGAAGAAGUAGACUUGUCUGAGGUUCUUCAGAUGACACCAGCUGAGAAACAAGAUCCACCUUCUCCAAAUAAUGUGCAAAAUGAAGUAAAUGACCUGGAAAACCAGAAUCAGACCAGAGGUCCUGAAAAGGAAGAGCUAGUUGAGUUAGUAGAGGUGAGAGAUGAGUGUACAUCUAUAGGCAGCAAAAGGUCAGCUGGACUUGCAGCGUUCUACCAAAACCCCAAGAGUGUUGAGGAAGAGAAGUCAGGAAAUGUCACCAACAAAGAGACCCAAAGGUCAGCCACCAGAUCCAAACAUAAAGAUGUGAGAGUGGUGGUUGGGAACCAGGAAGAAAGCAGAACUCUGCUUCCGGCUGAAGUUCCUGAAAACGCAGCUCAGCCCGAGGUAGAAUCAUCAUGGGACCGACACAAAUAUCGCUACUUUAUAGGAAUAGGAAUAGGAAUUGUUUUUGUGGUUAUUUUAUUAUCAUGUAUUUUAAUUGUUGUUCAUCAGAAAUAAAGAGCAAGAUCACAUUUUUAA